AUGGCUCACAGACCCUGCUUCUCCUACUGGCUAUUGGUCUGCUGGUUGGUGGUAACUGUGGCAGAAGGACAAGAAGAAGUGGUCACUCCUCCUGGAGACUCACAAAAUAAUGCAAACCCUACAGACUGCGAGAUCGUUACACUCACCCCUCCCCCUGCCACAAGGAACCCAGCCACAAGGAUCCAGCUCAUCACCAGGACACCCAGGUAUUUCCCCAGGAGAAGACUCUGGAGAGGAAGUUCCUCUGAGGAAAGCAGAGAAAAGAGAGAAGCCCCAAAUGUGCUGAAGUAA